GUGAGUUUAGGACCUGUGAGUGUGAAAAAGAGGGGGGAUGAACAACACGCCGCCAGGAUUACGGUUGCUCAGGCCUCCGACGGUGAUCGGCCAGUUCCACACCUUGUUCUUCGGCUCGGUGCGGAUGUUCUUCCUGGGAGUUUUGGGCUUCGCUGUGUACGGAAAUGAAGCGCUGCACUUCAGCUGCGACCCGGAUCGCAGAGAGCUCAACUUGUACUGUUACAACCAGUUCAGACCCAUAACGCCUCAGGUCUUCUGGGCGUUACAGCUGGUCACGGUGCUGGUCCCGGGGGCAGUGUUCCACCUCUACGCGGCUUGCAAGAACAUCGACCAGGAGGAGAUCCUGGAGCGACCCAUCUACACCGUCUUCUACAUCAUCUCUGUUCUCCUACGCAUCAUUCUGGAAGUCAUCGCCUUCUGGCUGCAGAGUCACCUGUUUGGCUUCCAGGUUCACCCGCUCUACAUGUGCGAUGCCAGUGCUUUGGAGAAGGCCUUCAACGUGACAAAGUGCAUGGUGCCUGAGCACUUUGAGAAGACCAUCUUCCUGAGUGCCAUGUACACUUUCACCGUCAUCACAAUCCUUCUCUGCAUCGCUGAGAUCUUUGAGAUACUCUGCAGACGACUCGGCUAUCUCAACAACCAAUGACGCGCACGCGACAUGUUGACUUCCUGUCAGCCUCUUGGAAGAUAACACAGGAGCGCCACCUGUGCUCCAUUGUGAAAUAUUCUGAAGUGGGGGUCAUCCCAGGUUCUAUGUCAGAUGGGAGCCAAAGGUUCUAGUCUGCAGAACACGCCACAGCCGGGAGGUCCAAUAGGUGUUCUGUGAAGAGGACAGACAUGGAAGCCGGCUGCUCUUGGACCUGAUCAAGUGCUUCCCAUCACAGGGAUUCAGGAUGGACGGACACAACAUGGACAUGCAUGAGCCACCUGCUCAGGUGCAUCCUUCCUCACACUUCCAUGUGUGACACUUCCACCAUGUGUGUGUGUGUGUGUGUGUGUGUGUGUGUGCCCAUUGUGACCUUUCCUCCAUGGACAGGAGCACACUUGUAGCUGUCUCCAAAGAAAGGCUGAGUUGACGCUCAUAUAGGGAUUGAAAAGUUGGAAAUGUAAAAAGACGAUUGGUGACAAUGGACGUGAAAUAUAAACAUGUUCAACACAAAGCAGGCCAGUCUUAACUAUGGAGGAAGCGUAUUCUUUUGAUGAUUAAAUGGACGACAGCAGCAUCAAAUGUUCUUAAACGACCCUUUUGGUCUCAUUGACACUGUCAAGUAUUGACUUAUCUUUGAUUUGGUGGAGUCACAUAACACAUGUAAGCUACUUUGUUUUUAUUUUCUUCAUCAGGCAUCCAUCCAAGUUUUGUGAAGAACUUUCCAGCAAUCUGUUUUUCAUCUCAGGUACAAAAUUGCAUUAGCAGACAAAAGUGGAUCAAACCCUCAUUUCCAAUGCUUUUAAAGCGCUGAUGAAAGCUUUCAUUGCGCACGGCGGUGGCACGGCGGCGGCUUUAAGAGGAUUUGAAACUGCUGUGUUUCCCUGUGCUUUACUUUGUGUUG